AUGUCCAACAUCAAUGUGAAUACGGAAAUAGCAUCAGGAUCUGGUAAAAAUGUUACAAUUGUUAUUAAAAAACCCGUGCCAUUAUCUAUUACAAAAAAUGAUAUGGGCCAACAGUCUCAAACGCGUGCUACAGUUGUUGUCAAGAAGGAGGCAGUACCAACAAUUAUCAAAAAUGAAAUCGCCAAGGUGUCAUUAGCAUCAAAUGCUACAGUUAUUGUAAAAAAGGAAAUGAUAUCACCAGUUAAGACGGAAAUAAAACCGGAACCAUCACAUAUAUAUCAGCAGCGAAAAUGUAUGCUUAACGAUUACAAGGAAUUAUUUAGUGUUCUAAUGAGAUUUCCCGACAAAGAAAUACAACAAAAAGUUCUACGUUGUCUAAAUGCGAAAUAUGUAAAUAAAGAGACUCAAACGGAUCCUGUUGAAAUAUUAAAUACUGCCGAUAUGCAGACAACAGAAAAUGUGACGACAAAUGUAAAUAGUAAUACGAACAACAAAAAUACGACAGAAUCGACACCAACAUCGCCGAAUAGUUCUAGACCGCCUACACCGAAAAAACGUAAGCGAAAACGUAAAGUAGCCCUACCACAGGCCAGUAAAGAAUCUCGUGUGGCACAACGGACAUUGAUGGCAAAAAUGAAUGUACCACAAAAACCGAAAAGACCUAUUCAAGAAGAUACCACAAGUCCAUGCUUUAUUAAUAAUAUUCCUGCUAAACGGCCUCGAUUAGAUUCGGAAAAUUCGAUUACGUCUUCAUUUAUCAGUCAUAUGCUCGAGGAUUUGGAUGUGGCAAUGAAAGAAGAAAAAAUGUUUAAAAAUAUAAUUAGAGAUUGUUUAAUUGCUGAUGUACCAUUGGAAAAUGGUCUACUACCUAUUUAUGAUAGUAUUGUUAAGGACAAAUUAUCAACACUGAGAAUACAAAUUUUUAUAUGGAAAGAAUACAAAAAGUUUGAUUUAAAUGAACUAAUAACUGAUGAUGAUGAGGACCUAUUACAAUUGGCCAUCAACAGCAAUUGUUCACCACUUAUUAUUGAUCUUUUGCUGUCGAAUAAUUUAAAUCCAAAUAGUGUUGAUUGCCAGAGUAACACUGUUCUACAUUUGGCUGUCUUAAAUGAUAUAGAUCCCGCCGCAAUGGACCAUUUAAUGUCACGAAUCGACUUGAAAAUGUUACUGGAACUAAACGAUGAUGGCUAUACAUGUCUACAGUUGGCAGUGCGACAAGAUUGUUAUCUAUUGGCAGAAAGUAUAUUGAACGCAUUGGAUAAACGGCUGUCCGGAAGUGUUUUCUAUAAACGCGACUAUAGUAUAUUAGAAACAAAUGAAAAUGCUAAGAAAGCGGAUUUUAAAAAGUACUAUGAAAAAGUUUGCAAAGAACUGGUCGUUGAAGAUGAUGCUGAAGUAACAAAUAAUGAAAAUAUUAUUAAAAAUCAUGAUAUAAAACAGAAAUUAUUACAAGUUCCUGAUAUGCGUGGCGGUUGUACGGCAUUAUUUUUUGCCAUUGAAUAUCAAUUAGAACAUUUAAUAUAUUUCCUACUGGCCCACCUGAGUGAUCCGCGUACAGAAAAUCUGAGCGGACAAGAUUGUAAAUCAUUUUUCAGUGAAUUUGCUAAAUCAUUAAAACUAAGCUUAGAAAUUGAUAGUGCAAUGGACAAGGUUAUAAAAAUACUAUCUUAG